GUCUCGUAAAUAAUAAUAAUUUUAAUAAUUAAUUUUUUGAAGUUGAAAGUGUUACCCGGUCUACUCCUGCUCCUGCAGCCUGCGUCAUGCCGUGCGAUGCGUGCGGUGCCUCGGCUCUGCGGAUGGUGACGGAGGGGGGGGGCAGUUGGAGGAUGGUGGGCCAGGGUACAGCGUCGCUCGAUCGGCUCCUCUUCUAGCUAGCACACCGUCAGCUGCCUACACUCAAAGCGAGGUAUUUUUUAUUUUAUUGUUUUUUUUUGUGCGGAGAUGAGAUAUAACCAUCUUGACAGCGGCAGCUGCUUCUUUUCUGUUAUUAUGAGGCGUUAAUAACGGCUGUCAUCGCUGGAGAAAGGAGAUCUUUCUCUUCUUUCGUUACGUCCUAGUUGGGACAACGAGUACAAUGGCAGAGCCAGACGUUUGUCCUCACCUGGACUCAAUAGGAGAGGUCACCAAAGAGGACCUUCUCCAGAAAUCCAAGGGAACUUGCCAGUCAUGUGGAGCAGGAGGUCCCAACUUAUGGGCCUGUCUACAGAGUGACUGUUCGUACGUUGGUUGUGGCGAGUCCUACGCCGAUCACAGCACUCUGCAUGCACAGGCUAAAAAGCACAACCUGACAGUGAACCUAACAACCUUCAGGAUCUGGUGUUAUGUGUGUGAGCGGGAGGUGUUUUUGGAUCAGAGGCCGGCGCUGGUCCCCGUUCCGGCUGCGUCCCGCCACUGCAAAGCUGCAGAGCAGGAAGCAGCUGCCCAGUCAGCAGGCCACCCUCUGAAAGCAGUACCGAUUGCUGUUGCGGAAGAAGAUGGCUCAGAAUCAGAGGAGGACGAGCUUAAGCCGAGAGGCUUGACAGGAAUGAAGAAUAUUGGAAACUCCUGCUACAUGAAUGCUGCCCUGCAGGCCCUGUCCAACUGCCCUCCGCUCACCCAGUUUUUCCUGGACUGCAGCGGCUUGGUCCGGACCGACAAGAAACCGGCUCUGUGUAAGAGCUACCAGAAACUCAUCUCAGAGCUCUGGCACAAGAAACGGCCCAGUUACGUUGUUCCGACCAGCUUGUCCCACGGCAUCAAACUGGUAAACCCCAUGUUUCGAGGUUAUGCUCAGCAGGACACCCAGGAGUUCCUGCGCUGUCUGAUGGACCAGUUGCAUGAGGAGCUGAAGGAGCCGCUGACAGAGUGCAGCAUGAGCGGCGAGGGGAGCGACGGGGACGAGAGGCGGGACGGAGACCGCUCCCCUUCCGAAGACGAGUUCCUGUCCUGCGACUCCGGCUCCAGCAGUGACCGGGGAGAGGGCGGGGGCCUCGGGGAGGGCGAGCUCCUCCUGCAGGACGAGUGCGAUGGGUUUAGGUCCCCGUCUGCGGGAGUGGGUUCGGGGAUGGUGAUCUCGGAGAAGGAGAGGUUGAAGGAGAGGAGGGUGUCCGGCUCCCCCCUGCGGGGCGGCUCACAGGAGAUGGACGAGGACGCAGACGUUGACACGGCAGCGGAGGACGGGGCUCCUGAGAGGGGGGAGGAAGAGCCGCCUGCGCCGACCGCAAACCCUGACGUCCAAGAGGACAACCAGAGAACUACUGCAGGGCAGGUGCAAGUCCAGAGCAACAACACCUCAGAGCCAGACAACGAAGCAUCAAUGACCCAGCCGCAGUCCACCCCCUGCAGUCCUGUCCGAACCCUGCAGGAGCUUCAUCCCAAGCUGUCGUCCAGUCCGCCACGCUCCAGCCCACUCCGUUCCGCAGGACCGGCCUACUCCUUCAAGAAAGCUCAGCUGCUGCUCACCUCCAGGAAGAAGAAGCAGUCUCACUAUCGCAGCGUCAUCUCAGACAUCUUCGACGGCUCCAUCCUCUCCCUUGUGCAGUGCCUGACCUGUGACAGGGUGUCCACCACAGUAGAGACCUUCCAGGACCUCUCGCUCCCCAUCCCUGGGAAGGAGGACCUGGCCAAGCUCCACUCGUCCAUCCACCAGAACCUGCCGGUAAAGACUGGCGUGUGUCCCGACACCUACGGCUCGCAGGGCUGGAUCUCCUACAUCAUGGACUCCAUACGCCGAUUUGUGGUGUCCUGCAUCCCCACCUGGUUUUGGGGUCCCAUGGUAACACUCGAGGACUGCCUCGCUGCCUUCUUUGCUGCUGAUGAGCUCAAAGGAGAUAACAUGUACAGCUGUGAGAGAUGUAAAAAAUUGCGAAACGGUGUCAAAUACUGCAAAGUGCUGAAACUUCCAGAGAUCCUUUGCAUUCACCUGAAACGUUUUCGUCACGAAGUCAUGUAUUCGUUCAAGAUCAGCAGCCACGUGUCCUUCCCCCUGGAGGGCCUCGACAUGCAACCCUUCCUGGCCAAAGAGAGCCCGUCUCAAGUUACCACUUACGAUCUGCUGUCAGUCAUUUGCCACCAUGGCACCGCAGGAAGUGGGCAUUAUAUAGCUUACUGUCAGAAUGUGAUCAACGGCCAGUGGUACGAGUUUGAUGAUCAGUAUGUGACAGAGGUCCAUGAGACGGUGGUGCAGAAUGCCGAGGCCUAUGUGCUGUUUUACCGGAAAAGCAGCGAGGAGUCGGUGCGAGAGAGGCAGAAGGUGGUGGCUCUGGCCAACAUGAAGGAGCCCAGCCUGCUGCAGUUUUACAUCUCCAGAGAAUGGCUGAACAAGUUCAACACCUUCGCCGAGCCCGGCCCCAUCAGCAAUCACACCUUUCUUUGUCAGCACGGAGGGAUCCCGCCUAAUAAGUACCAGUACAUUGAUGAUCUGGUAGUGAUAGUUCCUCAGAAUGUGUGGGAAUAUCUUUACAACAGUUUUGGAGGCGGCCCCGCAGUCAACCACCUGUACAUGUGUGCCAUCUGCCAGGUGGAGAUCGAAGCUCUGGCCAGGCGCAGGAAAACCGAAAUAGACACCUUCAUUAAGCUGAACAAGGAGUUCCAGGCUGAGGAGGCUCCGUCAGUGAUCCUGUGUAUCAGCAUGCAGUGGUUCAGAGAGUGGGAGAGCUUUGUGAAGGGCAAAGACAACGAGCCACCUGGUCCCAUUGACAACAGUAAAAUUGGUGUUAUGAAAGGAGGACACAUACAGCUGAAGCAAGGUGCAGAUUAUGGACAGAUCUCCGAGGAGACAUGGCAGUAUUUGUUGGGGAUAUACGGUGGGGGUCCUGAGAUCGCGGUGAGACAAACGGUGGUCCCAGCUGACCCCGACAGCCUUCAUGGAGAGAGGAAGAUCGAAGCAGAGACGAGAGCACUUUGAGAGUCACGCAGGUCUGAUUUCCACUUUCCACUUCUGCCCUCAUAUGAAGUUGAGGAAUUUGCACGUUGGCGAAGAAGCAUUACGAGCUCUUUGUAAAUGUAGCGACGUCUUAUUUUGAAGCUGCAAGGGGUCAAAACGAGACCUAAACAUCACCGAUUUUAUUCAUCGGACAGCUCUGAAGCUCUGUGUUUGUGUCACACCUCUGCAGCUGUUUUCGGUAGCCGUAGGCAUCUCUGUGGCCGCUGUAGUGUCUAGACGUCAUGUGCUGCUUCCAAACCGGCCGUGGCAGGCGAACGGCACCUGGCGUCACAAGCCAGAACGGUGCAGUGAACGUUGCCGAUACGUGAGAGGAGGGCUCCUCUUUCACACUAGAAGCAAUUAAGAUGCAUUACCAAGCUUUCCGUUGUUUAGCUGUUUACUAGUUACAUAGCAACAAGCAGACAGAAGUGACAGGUCUCAAGUGAAUGAAACGUCUGCACCUCCAACGUCAGCGUGCGCCAAGCCCUCAGGAAUGGAAACCUGUUCCUUUCUGUUUGUUUUGUUGUUGUUGUUGUUGUUUUUUGGGCCAUGGGAAUGGCCGGAGCAGGUUUGUUUAUAACUGCAAAACAUGCAUGUGGUGUGGGUUGUGCACAAUCACUUCUGGGCUCAAACUGCAUGCAGCUGUAAGUUUUUGCUGACUGAGAAGCUCAGUUGUUUUGCUUAAACGAUCCGUUUACAUGCUCAGAAAUACUCGCAAGAAGACCUUGCUUUUGUAUAGUCAGUGUAAGCUCUGUCAGCAAACAGCCAUAGGCAUGUAUAGAUGUGAAUGUUAACAUUUCACUAGUCAAAGUAGAUAAGCAGGAGGGAUGCAUACGUAUCUGAAGUGAUAAAGAGAAUCUUGUGCAAUAGAUUUGUGAUUUUACAAGAUCAGUCUAAACGUCUUCAGACUUUAUCAAGUGCUACUUGAGAUGCAUUUAGUUAAAAAUAAUCAUAUAUAUUAAGCAAAACAGAAUAUAGAGAUAAAUGCCAUUUAGAUAAAAGGGGUUACUGCUGUCAAACGUUUGAUGAACUUUUUUUUUUUUAAUCUGUAACUUCUUAUCCUUGCUUGGCAGGAGUUUGAAGAUUCCAUAUCUAUCACGCUAUGUUGAUGUUUUCUCCCAGGAAGAAUUUGUGUCUCAUCACGUUUGAGAUUUGAAAUAUGAAGUCAUACAUGUUUAGAAUAUAUUACAAAUUUUAUUACAAAUUUAGCCACAAAACUUAAAAUACAAAUUUAAGCUGUUCACAUGUUAGGGAACACACAUUUAUAGAAGUUCCCCAAAAUUUUGUGACACAGUCAUCUACAGUAUACUCGAUUUUUCCAUUUUUUUGCAACUAUGAGACAUCUUGUAUCUCAUAUUUAUUUUUCCAUUUUUUUAUUUUUAAGAGUACAGCUUUGUUUGGUGUGUGAUGUUUGAAUUCUCAGCAAUCACCCACCAGCUGAUAAAUUGCUGCCUCUUGUUAAUUCCUUAAGUCUGAAGAAAAUUUGGUUAUAUUGUAAAACAGAAAAGACUUUUUUCCAGAGACAACAGCUGGUAUGACUAAGUUAUGCUAGUUACUUUAAGCUGUUGUUACAGCUGGCUUAGCAGUUUUUUAGUUAGCUAGCACCCUGUAACAAACCUGUAGUAGUUCUAAAGCUCACAAAAUAAAAUUGUAAACCUUUUGCUUAUUUUUUUUUUUUUUUUUUUACAAAAGAAGUUGUAUGCAAACUCAAUAAAUAAAAAAAGGGUACAUGCUUUGCUAGGCAUACUAACAUUCCAGACUUUUGACGGCAGUUUCAAAAUGGAUUUGCUUUUUGGUUACAGUCUUCAAAAUAAAAUAAAAAAACACCAGACUUCUGUAGCAGGGUUGACUUCUUGGAUACAAUCUGAUAAAUACUCUGCUGGCAUUUAGACGUGUUAAAACAAGAGAGUUCACCUAGAUAACUCUUCAGACAAGGCAUUGAAAUACAAGCAUAACUUACUGUCAUAAAAUCUAUUUAUUGUACAUACAAUGUUUUCCAUAUACAGCUUGUAGAUGUAUUUGUAUGUGAGCAGCGCAGAUGUAACUCCUAAUGAUUAAGGCUAAAAGAUCACUUAGAAUAAAUAAGGAAAAUUGAAUUUAUUCACUUUUAGUUUAAUGUUUUUAAAUAUGCUUUUUAUUAUUCCCACCAGUUAUUUAUUUAUUUUUUUGAAGGUGUGUUCUAUUUGAAUUGGCAAGUUUCAUUUUCUACAAAAAUGUGAUUUGUAUAAUGCUUUCCCACAACAAAAAGUAUUUCCCCUCCUGUUUUCUGACCCUUUGUUCAUGGAUGUUUUCCAUGGAUAGCAGCCCAAAAAUGUCUUCAGAAAAAAAAAAGAGCUUGGGUCCAUGACAAAAAAAGUAAAUAAGUUUUUAUAGAAAUCAUUUCAUUUCAUUUCACCGGUGGCUUAUAAAACAGAGAACUUUACUAUGUCUAUUUAACAUUUUAGCUCACAGAGAGCCAUGUCUCUGUUUUGUUGUUAAAUUAUGAAUCAGUUUUCAAAGAAAAAAAAUGUCUCUAAUGUUGUCUAUUUUAUUUAUUGAACUAGUUUCUCUUUUCAUACAGUUCCAGAUUUUAUGUACAGGAGAUGUUAAUACUGUGGCAGUAUGUUUUCUAUAGGUGUGGGGAAGAAUGUGCAAUCAAACAAACAAAAAACAACUACAGUGCAAUCGUAGCUGUAUCGUAGAGAUGCUAGGACGAAUAAAUGACACCCGUAGCUUGAACAGCUGAGAGUUCAAACAGCCAGCCGAUGUAACUUGUUAUAAUGCAGUGUUAGGGAAUGUCUUGUGGUAAUUAUUACAAUAACCCCACCCUGUAAGUGCAUCCACUCAUGUUACGGCACGUAUAUGCAUGUAAGACUUCAAUCUACUGGAAAAAAACAAGCAUUGCUGUGGUUGGAAAGUAUUCAUAGGUGUCACGGCACACAGCGGGAUUUCAUGGGGUCAUGUUUCCCAGUCGUGGCUCUUGUUGUAAUGGCUAUGGUGAUCCUACCAAAGUCAAAAGGGAUGUUUAAAUGUCUGUAUAACUGAUGUAAUUAUUAUGACUGGUUUAAUGAUUAAAAUUCCCUGCUUUUGGAU